ACAAAACAAUGCAUAUUGUACAUGCAUAAUUAAUGCCCUUACGCUUGUACAACGACAGCAGCAGCACAUACGAACGAGAAGAGAAGCGACCUUCGCCGUCGUCACCUUGUCGAAAUGUUCCUGCUCGAGAUCGAUGUUUUUUUCUCUUUCUGGCGAGAGGAGACAUUCGAAAAUACCGACGCAUAAUAAAGAAAUGAGGAAUGCUACUUCACAAGAAAAAAUGGAAUGCUGUAGGAAUCAGUCACAGAGUGGCGAACCGAACCAGUUUAUUCAGAUCAAGCGCUGGGGUAGACGGGUGUUUUUUAAGUUUUGAAUUUUAAGUUUGACCUAAGCAUUUUUGCUGCCUAUAUGUUGAACAAAAUCAGGAAUAAUUUUUUCGAGGAAAGCUAAAUGAAAAUGGUGACGCGAUAUAUUGUUAUUGUUUUUUGAUAACCUAAAUGAGUCGCCUACCUCGUACCAGAACAAAUCCAAAAGCAGAAACGAGAUCAACUAUACAUCCUAAAAAUGUCAAUAGUGGAAUAGCCAAGAGGACUAUGCCGGUUCCAGUACCAAGAAAAUUGCAUGGAGAUAUAUCAACAUGUCAUGUACCCGCACCAAGACGACACAGGCGCUUCCACACAUCGUUCAGCAGUUCCAUACGACGAAAUCCGCCGGCAAUUCCACCUUCACUCCUCCGUUUCGUGUCGGAGCUGGAACCAGGCUUUCAAAAUGCAACAAAUGCUCAUCCACACAAAAAGAAGGACAAUGUGGGACCGGGAAGGGUCAAAGUUUUGCUGAGAGUAUGUCCUCAAAGAGUUUUGAAAAACGAUGUUGUUCAAAAAUCAAAGCAAUCGCCUCAACAACAAGAAAGCAUCUUGCGUGUCGAAGGAAACCGUAAACACGUGACUAUAUUCGACUCAGAGAGUGGUCUACAAUCAGCACAAAUGAAGGUCGGGGUGUCGGCACCGAAAUUGUACGCAUUUGACGCUGUAUUUCCCGAAGAAUCAUCUCAGAUUGAAGUUUGCUCCACGAGUCUCACCGACGUCAUUCAAGCUGUGGUGCAAGGAGCAGAUGGGGCAGUGUUUUGUUACGGUCACUCCGGGUUGGGAAAAACAUACACUCUGAUCGGCUCCGACGCCAAUGAAUAUGAAGUAGGACUAAUUCCGUGUGGAAUAAGCUGGUUAUAUCGAGCAAUCGAUGAAAUGAAAGAAAAAACUAAAGGACGGUUUUCUGUUCGUGUAUCCGCUAUAGAAAUUCAAGGCAGAACUGAAAAACUGAAAGAUUUAUUGAAGGAGUUUUCUAAAGAUGGAGGACCAACAGAUGAUUUGUGUGUGCGGGAGGACCCGCUGUUUGGAACACAGUUGCAAAAUCAAUCUGAACUGCGUGCUUCAUCUGCGGAGAAAGCGGCGUAUCUGUUAGACGCUGCGUUGUCUACCAGGUCGAGUUCAGGAUCGCGAUCGACGGAAGAAGCGAGAAGGCAUUCUCAUAUGGUAUACACGCUUCAUGUUUACCAAUAUCGCCUAGAUAAGACAGGACAAACUGGAGUCUCCGGGGGAAGAAGCCGUCUUCACUUCAUCGACCUUGGAAGUUGCGAGAGAACAUUGGUCAAAACUCCAAAUUCUCUCACAUUAUCACUAAAUUCACUUGGCCAUGUGAUUAUGGCAAUCAUCAACAAUUCAAAGCAUGUUCCGUUCAAAGAAAGUAAGCUAACUAUGGUUCUACAAGAAUUGUUAGGAAACUUCAACUGUCGAACUGUUAUGCUUGCUCAUGUCGCCAAAGCUUCAACCCAUUAUGCUGAUACCAUGUCUACCGUGCAAAUGGCAUCGCGAAUUCAUCGAGUUCUCAUGAAAAAGAAAAGCAAGUCUUCGUCCACAACGUCUGUUAGAGGCAUUGGACCAAAUUGUCAUCUUUCAAGAUCUGUGAAGUCGCAUAAACGAGGUACGGAUGAGGAAAGCGUUGGAACAAGCUCAGGAGUCGGGGAAACAUCAGGCAGUGAAGUAUCAUGCGAUACAGUUAUAUAUGUCCGACCAAAUGGUGUACCAUUCAGCGACAGAGAGUUGACAGAUAAUGAAGGCCCGCCUCCGUCUGUACCAGUGAGGUCUCCGCCUCAAGUUGCAAAGUCCCUCUCAAAAAUAAACGAAAGCAAUGGUAUUAUUGAAAAUAAGCCAAGAAAUAAUGAAAACGUAAAAGCGAAAAGCCGUGGAAAAAUACCUGUUUCAAAAUUCAGAGAAACCCAUAAAAGUUCACAGUCCAAACGUCACAAUGCAAAGUCAAAUGUACAAAUGGUCCACUCUACAUCAAACACGCAAUUGAAGUUGGAAAAUCACGCAAAAUUAGUGAAAAACCUUUGUCGAAAUAAUGACUUUCACAAGACGACUAGAGUAAGCAAACCGUCCUCUAAUUCAAGUUCUGAAACUUCAAAACAACCUUGCCAAACCCGGUCAAAAAAUUCGUCCAACCCAUAUGAAAAUACUUCGUCUCUCAAUAGAAACUUCGACAAUUCGAAACAAACUUCUUCCAGUAGUAUAAAAUCUCAAAAACGGAGAAGUCGAAUACCACCCCCGCCCCCGCCACGCCUUCCAACAACUCGGCUACGUCAUAAUAGUUCCGAUCCAUUGCCAACACAAGGAGAUAGCUUGCAAUCUGACUAUCGAACAGAGCACCAUCCUACCUACGAAACUCUUCAUUCCUCGCAUGCUUCAGAAAACUUGGACGAACCAAUUUCGAAUAAUGAAUAUGAUAAUGACGAUGGAAAUCAUUUGGAAAACGUCCCAACUUCAGAGAAUGAUUGGCAACUCGGGAAUUCACUUAAUGAUCACAAUGUGAAUUUUGAGCCAGAAUUUGAACUGCCCGAAGAUAUUGUCCCAGCACAUCAAAUGGUAGAGGAUUACAUUGAUCGCGAGAGGUCUUACAGGAAUGAAGAUUCACAGGACUCAAUUUUACGGUUUCGUUCUCAGAAAUCUGUGCAAAACAUAUCCUACAAUCAAAUCAUUUUAUCCGAUCCUUCAAUUUCUAACACCGAUCUUUCGAAGUGCCUUCAAAAUUUUGAAGACGUUUUAAGUUCAGUAGAAGCGAGAGAGAAACAACAAUCAGUAAAAACGACCAUUCCUGCAUCGUUCAAUGAUAUGAGACCAGAAAGUAUGUUUGUUAACGUCAACGACGAUGAAUGGAAUUCUGAUGAAGACGAAGACACAUACACAAGUGAUUGUGACGUCAGUGAAGGCGAUGACGUAAUUGAUGUCAAUUUUUAUUGCCUGAGUUUCACAACUAAGAACCCACUGAUACCUCUGUCAAAACGCUCUUUUGUGAAAGAAGUCACUAAACGUAAACGUAUGAGCAAAGAAGAGCGUGGUAGCGAUGAAACAAGCACCGGGGACGACACCGAAUCAAAUCCGAUUCAAAAAUGGGCAGAAAAAGUUAACCGGACAUUUCCGCCCGAAAAAUGUGUAUCUGAUAACACCGACCAGAAUUUUGUAAGAUCAAGUUCUAGCCUAAGGCGAAGCGUAACUUUUGAUGCAAAUUCUGGGACCCCCAUAGAACUGUUGCCAGAUUGUAAUAAUGAUGAUGACAUAAAAAAUGAAGACAUAGUUAAAAGUUAUUCUACACUAAAUAGGAAUUCUACAGAAGAAUCUGCCAUAGACGCAACCUCAACGACUUCAUCUCCGUCGCAAGUACUAUUAUAUGACUCGUCUAGUUUGGAAAUAAACUAUGUCAAACCAAAAUCAUUCGGCGAAAUUAAUCCUAUAAAACAAUGCGCAAGCAAUAAACCUAAAGAUGAAUUUUAUAAAAAAGCUGCAACAAAAUUACCAGUACCAGAGGAUUCGUCCAAAUUAAAACAGUCAAGUGCGAUGAAAGCGAGUACGGGCAUGGCAAAAAACAAACAGAUUUUGGUGGCUGGGUCUAGCGGAACCCAGGGUACGCAGCUUUCUUUGGUAAAGAGGAACGGCGAGGCUUUUGGUCUUGAAUUGGUAAUUACUUCAGAAAAUGAUACAUCUACAAGCGGCUGUGCAAUGCCGACAGAAGAUAAGAUAAAAAAUAACAAGCGACUCGUUUCGUCGAAAAAAGGAAAUCAAAAUAGCGCGCCAUUUUUGAGUAACGAUACGGCAAAACAAAGUCCGUCAAAACGGUCAAAAUGGGGUGGACUCAAGAGGUUUGGAAGCAAAAAGGAAAAAGAUGAAGUGAAAUCAAAAUCACCACAUAGGAGUAACAUUAUGAACAGUAAAUCACCUGCUAAAUCAAAGACCACGAAAAAGCAGGAAAAUGAGACAAUAAAAAGUUUAAAAUCAUCCUCUAGUCCUAGUUUCGUCAGUAAACUUUUGUCUCCCAAGUUACGACGAAGUCAAAAAUCACCGAGUUGCACUUCAACAGCAAGUGCGGAUUUUCGUUACCGAUCACCGAACGUUAUUUCACAAGUAAGACCGGAUAUUGUCAGAGCAGGAAAUUCCUUCACUAGUGCAGAACAAUUAAGCAAUGAUAUCGGGGAGAAUAUAGGGGGAACAAUCAAGAAUUCGUGGAUUCAGUCGAAUGAAGUAUUGCCUAGCGAUAACAGCAUAUCGGUACCUGCUUCAAGGAGGGACAAGCAAGAUCAUUCACAUCAGACGCCGUCAACCCGAACUCGUUUUGGUUUUACCCGAAAAGCAAAGUCGUGACCAAACUUUUUUACUCAUUGGAAGUUCCAAGCCUGUUUUUUGUAUUAUAUUUUGUUACCACUUUUAUACUGUUUUGUUGUUUUGUAUUAUUUCUAUCAGCAGAAUAUCAGUCCAGAUCAUAAUUCUUCAAACUAAUUAUGAUUUGUUACGGAUUUCUGUCCAAUAAAGACACUAUCAUGGUUUAAACAUGUAGUAAUAAAAUGAAGAAUAGAGCAGCA